AUGAUGCCAAGUUCUUCCCAAUAUCGCCUGUCCGAAGAAACAGGAAGUGAUGGAGAAGUGUCUGUAGACUUUAGAAUAAGUUCCGACAUGAAGCUGGAAAAUCGGAUACCAAGUAUGUCCCAUUCUGAAUCGGACGAUGGACUGUCAGAUUCGGACAGUGUAUUACAUUCUCCGGACGCUGAUGGACACAAAGUGGUUAGUCCAGAUCACAACACCAGAUCGGAGGAGUGUCACAGCGGGACAGAGUUCGAAUCUCCGGAUAAAAAUCUAGGAUCACCAUUAUCAAAAGAUGAUCUGCAAGACGAUUCCCAAGUCAGGCGGUACAGGACGGCAUUUACCCGUGAACAGAUUGGCCGACUGGAGAAGGAAUUUUACAAAGAGAACUACGUAUCCAGGCCGAGGCGGUGUGAGCUCGCCAAACUUCUAAACCUUCAGGAAAAUACCAUCAAGGUUUGGUUCCAGAAUAGAAGAAUGAAGGACAAGAGACAAAGAAUGGCUAUGGCUUGGCCUUAUGGAAUCGCCGAUCCACACCUAUAUGCAUAUUUAGCAGCCGCCGCAGCUUCGUAUCCAUACGGAAUAUCCUCUCCUGGAUCUAACCCUUUCAACUAUUACGCUUCCCUUGGUAUCCAGAGGCCAUCUUCGGCAGGGCUCGGACAGUACCCAUCAUUCGGUGGUGGUCCGAUUCGUUCACGGUCAGAUAUUCUCCCUGGAAUGUCAGGUCCACUUAUGCGCAAUCCGACAAUGCCUAUCCCGCACACAAUGCCGGCUACUUCUUCUAUUGGUUGCAAUAUGCAUAACUCCCUUGACAAUUCUUCUCCACUUAUUCAUGGACAUUCUUCAAUGCAAAAUACGUCACCGCCUGCUGAUAAUUGUAACUGUAACCCGUUGUUAGGGGGACUUGGUAACAUACCUACGUCACUUCCGUCUGCGCAAGCACCUAAAGCACAUUCGAAUACAACAUCACAGGGAUUGUUUCGUCCUUUCCAGACGGACUCCGAGAGAACGUGA